UUUUCAAUUCCCAACACACUCCUUUCAAUUCACUUCACUCACUCACUCACUUUACACACGCUCACCUCCCUCCGCCGUCGCAAUGGCGAUGAUCUCCGCCGCUGCAUUAACUCCUUCUAUUCUCUCAUUUCCAUCCCUCCGCCCAUUCUCCACCACCGCCGCCGCCGCUUCUUUCUCUUUCCUCAAAACGCCGUCGUUUCACAAAUCAAAAUCAGUUCCGGUAAAAUCACUUCCAGUUAUCAAUGCUUCUUCUACUACUUUCACCGAUUCUCCUCAUCUAAAGAUUAAUACAAUUCCUACUAAGCCAAUUGAAGGUCAGAAAACCGGUACUAGUGGUCUCCGUAAAAAGGUUAAAGUGUUUAUGGAAGAGAAUUACCUAGCAAACUGGAUUCAGGCGUUGUUUAAUUCCUUACCACCGGAGGAUUAUAAGGAUGCAUUGCUAGUAUUAGGAGGUGAUGGUCGGUACUUUAACAAAGAAGCUGCACAGUUAAUUAUUAAGAUUGCAGCUGGGAAUGGAGUUGGUAAAAUAUUGGUUGGCCAGGAAGGUAUUUUGUCGACACCAGCUGUAUCUGCUAUUAUAAGGAAGAGAAAGGCAAAUGGAGGUUUUAUAAUGAGUGCAAGCCAUAAUCCUGGUGGGCCUGAAUAUGACUGGGGCAUCAAGUUCAAUUACAGCAGUGGGCAACCUGCUCCUGAGUCAAUCACUGAUAUGAUUUAUGGGAACACACUUUCGAUAUCUGAAAUAAAGUUGGCAGAUAUUCCAGACGUUGAUCUUUCUAGUGUUGGAGUCACCAAUUAUGGCAACUUUAGUGUCGAAGUAGUUGAUGCAGUCUCUGACUAUUUGGAUCUGAUGGAGGAGGUCUUUGAUUUUUCACUAAUCAAAAGUAUGGUUUCUCGGCCGGACUUCAGGCUCACAUUUGAUGCAAUGCAUGCGGUUACAGGUGCUUAUGCAAAGCCAAUAUUUGUAGAUAAGCUUGGAGCUAGUCCGGAUUCCAUAUGUAAUGGGGUGCCUUUAGAAGAUUUUGGUCAUGGUCACCCUGAUCCUAACCUAACAUAUGCAAAGGAUUUAGUUGACAUUAUGUUUAGUGACAAUGGACCUGAUUUUGGAGCUGCAAGUGAUGGAGAUGGUGAUAGAAAUAUGAUUCUUGGUAGACAAUUUUUCGUGACUCCUUCAGACUCUGUUGCCAUUAUUGCAGCAAACGCACAAGAAGCUAUUCCUUACUUUCAGAGUGGUCCAAAGGGUUUAGCACGGUCUAUGCCAACAAGUGGUGCUCUUGAUCGUGUGGCUGAGAAAUUGAAUCUCCCUUUCUUCGAGGUUCCCACUGGUUGGAAAUUUUUUGGGAACUUGAUGGAUGCUGGAACUUUGUCAAUUUGUGGGGAAGAAAGUUUUGGAACAGGUUCUGACCACAUACGUGAGAAGGAUGGUAUAUGGGCUGUUUUAGCUUGGCUGUCUAUAAUUGCAUACAGAAACAAAAACACAAAACCUGGAGAGAAAUUAGUCUCUGUUUCUGACAUUGUAAAGGAGCAUUGGGCUAUUUAUGGCAGGAACUAUUUCUCUCGAUACGACUAUGAAGAAUGUGAGUCUGAAGGAGCCAAUGAAAUGGUCAAUUAUCUUAGAGACUUGAUUUCUAAAAGCAAACAAGGGGACAAGUAUGGAGAUUAUACUCUUCAGUUUGCAGAUGAUUUCAAUUACACUGAUCCUGUAGAUGGGAGUGUAGCUUCAAAGCAAGGUGUUCGGUUUGUCUUCACUGAUGGGUCAAGAAUCAUAUUCCGUUUAUCGGGGACUGGGUCAGCGGGUGCAACUGUCAGAAUUUAUAUAGAACAGUAUGAACCUGAUGUGUCAAAACAGGACUUGGAUGCCCAAGUGGCACUGAAGCCCCUGAUAGAUAUGGCUUUAAGUGUGUCAAAGCUAAAGGAGUUCACUGGAAGGGAAAAACCUACGGUAAUUACAUAAACUAUGACUUCAACAUCGAGAGCUGGUCUCAUCAGAAGUUGUAAUGUAGCAGGUGGUCUUCCACUUUCUCAUACAUGAUUAUUCUAUAUAUUCGUUUUUGUUGAGAGUUAUUCGGAGAGAUGAGAAUCUGCUACGUGGAUUAUGUACAUCAAAAGGGUUUUCUUCUAGACGAAAGUAGCCGAGCAUGAAAGAUAUGAUCAACAUAGGAGUUAUAAGAGAAGGAUAAAGUAUGGAACAAAUGUAUUAUAAUGUUAACUGCCUUGACAAAAUAAGACAGUUGCUUUUCUUACCAUUUGGGGUCACCUGAACCCUUGCUUUUGCAUUAGCAUUAGGACUAUUGUCUUCAGGGGUAAACUCAUACUAUCAUUGUACAAUCUGAUCUUUCCAGAAAUAAUAUAUCAUAACAUUUUGUUUGAUGCGCAA